AUGAAUUUCCUUAUGUCCCGCACUCGGUCUCGUUCUAGAAAGAACUCCGCUGGUUUCAUGAUAAGUACAGAGAAAUGGCGAACUGGCCGCCAACUAUCCCGCCCAAGCGACAACUUUGUCGAUGAAGAUGUAGAAGAGGAUGAAGAACCACAAUAUCAAGAUAUCACAGACUGGGUGACAGAAUUCUUCCACAGAAAAAGUGAUACAACUGAAAUGCUUGAUCAAGAUGUUGAAAUACACUUAACGAAAAAACAAACACUUAUUCUAUCCACACUAGUGCCAGACCAAAUUUUACAGAUGAACAAGUUUGAUACGAAUGAGCCUACGCGCUUCGUCGGUGUUCUUAUGAUGGCUGACGUUUCAGGCUAUACUGCUCUAUCAGAACGUUACAACAACACUGGCAAAGGCGGCACGUAUCGCUUGACAGUGACUCUCAAUACCUACUUAGGUUCACUUAUAGAAGUCAUAUACAGUCACGGCGGCGAUAUUAUCAAAUUUGCAGGAGAUGCUUUCUUGGCACUUUGGAAGACAGAUAAAAGAUCGUUCCUAUGUCAUACUAUUCACACGGUGAUUGCUUGUGCUCUAAUUAUACAACACUCUUAUUCUACGUAUGAAACAGAUGUCAAAGUUAAUCUGAGAGUUAAAUUAGCCAUAUCUGCAGGUAAUAUAAUGUUCGCACCCAUCGGUAGUGGUAUUGACAUGAGUUAUAUUAUAUUUGGACUGCCUGUACUUGAAGCAAAGGCCGCUGAGAGCGUUUGUGCUUCUGGUGAAGUGAAACUUACUCCCACAGCUUGGGGACAUUGUUAUUCUAGAAAUUAUGACCACGUAAUUGAUGAGAACGGAUAUGUAACAGUCAAAUGUAUUCUUUAUGAUCCUCAUGACGAUAAUGUUACAAGACCAUUUCCAGGAUUUGGGAACAUGCUCAGACAAAUCAAGAAACCUUUUACUGCUAUCGAAAAUCUUCCUGAUUACUAUUGGGAUUCAUCAAGACGAUUAAGUGCUACAGAAGUCUUAAAGAAGAAUGAAGCCUUAAAUCUUAGGAAAACUAUAUUAUUAGCUGAAGAAAAAAAUCUAGGGACCGAUAUCCGAAAAUUCAUGAUAAGGCCUGUCCUUACACAAAUCGAUGCUCAUCAACCUCUGGAAUACUUAACUGAAAUGAGACACGUCUCAAUUUUAUUUAUUACUCUUAAACCGCGAGAAUCUUCAUUUUCUCAAUUGAUAACCAUCGUUAAUAAAUCUUAUCAAAUAACAUGUGAAAUUGUUUACAAAUCAAUGGGCUGUGUUAAUAAAAUCAUUCUUUUUGACAAAGACGUAAUGAUGCUAGUGAUUUUUGGACUUAGAGGCUUCAAACAUGAGUCUGAGGCACAAGCUGCUUUAAAAUGUGGUUAUAGUAUAAAGAAAUCUGUAUCAGCUCUUGAUGGAGUAUCAGAAGUAUCUAUUGGUGUGACUACAGGUCCAGUGUAUUGUGGGGUCGUAGGACACCCUUUAAGGCGAGAAUUUACAGUAAUAGGCGCUAUUGUCAAUAAAGCUGCAAGGCUGAUGUGUGGAUUCAGAAACAAAAUCACAUGCGAUGAAACGACUUUUGUUAAAAGUAAAAUGUCUACAAAUGCUUUUACUCUCCAACCAUCAAUAGAAUUGAAAGGGAUCGGAAAAUCUGGUAAAAUAUAUGAAUAUACUGAAGAAAUUAGAGCUAAAGAAUUUCACGACAUUCCUGUAAUUCCUCCAAUACUCAACAGGGUUAAUGAAAUAGAUUACUUCUCUUCUUGGCUAGAGGAAAGUAGAACAGCGUAUAGAAAUUUUGAUGGUCUUUUAAUAGUAGGUGAAUCGCGCCUUGGGAAAACUAGAAUGUUAGAAUGGAUAGCACGACUAGGAAAAAAUAAAGGUUAUCGUGUAUGCUUUAUUAGCUUAACGUCUAUUCAUUCGGCUACUGCAUAUUUAGCUUUAAGUCAAAUAAUUAAUCAAAUACUCGAUCUACAAGAACCUAUUCAAGGUUUUAUCAAAGAAGAGAAAAUUGUACAAUUACUAAAAGUCUACUCUGACGAUUUGUGUUAUUUAAACAAUAUUAUUAAAGUACGAUUUGCGUAUCAUGAAGGAAUUCAGACAUUGGAUGAAAGUCAUAGAAAAGAAAAAGCUAAGAGAAUAUUCGGCACAUUGGUUCGAGCCUUAACGGAAUCAUACAUAAUAAUACUCGAUGAUUUACAAAACUUAGAUCCAUUUUCGUGGGAGUUUAUAUCUGUAUUUUUUUCUUCUUUAAAAAUAUUUACAGUAUUGUCUAUUACAAGAGGUAAAUUUAGCACAGUACACGAUUGGCUUUAUAAUGUGUUUACCGAUGUUAGUAUUAGAAAAAUCUCUUUAGCACCAUUGGAAAGAGAGUGGAUACCUGCUUUAGCUUGCCAAAUAUUAAACGUAGACGGAGUAUCGAACGAUUUAUGCCAAGCAUUACGAUCUAAGUGUAAAGGGAUGCCGGGACUUGUAGAAAGUUUUAUAAUCCAUUUAUUUUCUACUGGAGCACUGGAAAUAAAAAUUAUCCCAGAUAAUGAAAUGGACAAAUGGAAAGAAAAUGAAGAAUUAGAGUUCCCAGAUCCGAUACUUUUACAUCCACAAGCUCUGGAUUCAAAAGACCAAGAAACAGUCAAUCAGUUCUUAGAAAAUGAAUCUAAAGAGGAAAAAGCUAUUUGCAUAGUCAUUGAAAAGGACGAAUUAAAAACUGAUCUAAAUGUUCAAAACUUGGAUGCUUUAAUUAUGAUACAAAUAGAUUCUCUUACCCCAUAUCAACAGUUGCUUUUAAAGAUUGCAUCAGUGGUCGGAAACAUUAUUCCAAGAGAUUUAUUAGAGAAUAUUAUGUAUGAGAAUAAUCCAUUAGUUACUGCAAAAGCAGUUAAGCGCUUAUUUGCAUUGAAUAUACUAUCUUGUGCAAAUGCAGAUAGUAUUUUAAAAUGGCGAAGAAUAGUAGAAAACAAUCUCAUGCAUAAAUCAAUAAGUGAACCGUGUAAAUCUAAUCUUGUGUGUGAAUGCAAAUUUGAUUUUGAGCCAGAAAAUUAUGAAAAUAUACCUAAAUACGCAUUUUGCCAAUUGAUGAAGUUUAGAAAUAGAAACUCUCGACAAACCUGCUAUGAACUAUUACCAAUGAAUCAAAAAAGAGAAUUUCACACUCGUGUUGUAAAUUAUUUAGAAAGUAAUAAACAAAAAUGUACAGACUGCGGUGGCAAAAUCAAGCUAGUUCAGUCUUUCAUGAGUUUAGUUGAUGAACCACGUAGUGAUGACAGUAUCAGUGACAGUUCUAAUGACACAGGGGAGUCAAAUUUUUUGUCAAAAGAUGAUGAUGAAAAGAAUACAAUUAUACCACCACGCAAUUUGUCUAUGAAAGCAUGGAGUUCUAGUAGCAUCAGACGAGCUAUGCAUAUGCAAUCAAAUGGUAAUCUAAAUUCAAGAACGAUUAGUGAGUUGAUUGCUAAAUCACAAGGCGAUGAAAAUCCUAGAAAUUCGAUUCAAUUUCAACCUAUUUUAAAAACAAAGCAUGAGAGCAACAACAAUCUUCCAGGUACAUCUAAAAAGCGUUAUCUCAAAAAAAAAGUUAUAAUGACAACAUCGGAAUCAUUUCUCCAAGAAAAUCAUACUCACGUUUUUGAUAUGUUACGUGCCAUUACAGAAGCUGAAAACCCUAGUGACUGGCAUAAUCUCGGUGUUUUUGAUAGCAAAGAAGAUUUAUAUGCAAGUACCGGAAAAGAUAGCAAUAAAGGGAACUUCACUGUGAAAAUAGCAAAAGGAGUAUCGGAAACUAAUUUUGCAAAAUGCACAUGUACAGAACUAAAUAUUACGAUUAAUGAUCAACUUUUCUACCAUGCACAACAAGCAGAUUUAAAAUUAAAAGCUAUUCAAUUUUUAAUAAAGUACUGUCACCUGUCUGUGCUAAACAGUAAUCUUGAAAAUAUAUUCGAAAAAUUAGCAGAAGCUGAACACCUUUGUACUGACCUUCACCAACGUUUGGAUUCAUUUGAAAGAAAACGAUUAUUAGGAAAAAUAUAUUCACUAAGAGCCGCGGCGUGUUUAAUUGGCGGACAAUUAACUGCGGCAAAAAUGGAAAUAGAACGAGCAACAAAAAUUUAUCACAUAAACUUACAUAAAGUCCCUGAAUACUUAACGUUUAAAAAUCUGAUUUCAUUAGUUAAACUUCGACAUAGAAAACACCGUAUUAAUAAAAAAAUUCUUAAUAGUGAUUCUAUUUUCUGUUUGAAUGUUGCAACCUUAAUAUAUUCAAACUUAGGAGAUGAACGCAUAUCAAGAAUAACAGCUUCUCGCGCCCUUCAUUUAAUUCAAACUGUGGAAUGCUCUGUAGUUGACGUAUGUGACACUUAUAGCAACGCUAUGCAGGCAGAAUUAGAUCGUGGUACUCCUGAAAACACUAUGGAUAUCGAAGAAAUGGCUGUUAUAACGUUAAGGCAACUACCGAAACCGAUUGAAGCAGAUGAAUUAUUUGCUCUUGGAAAGCUGUUUAUGGCAACGUUUCGCGUAAGAUUGGCUCGAGGAAGACUAGCGCGAAGUAUACACUCUGGAUGCCGAGCUUUAGCCAUAAGUCGUUUUAUACAAGCUGACGAUGUGGCUUUAGAAAUAAUACCUGAUUUAUUCUAUGUCUUAUUAGCACGUCGUCGCAUAGAAGAAGCAAUCGAUAUAUUAAAAUUUGGUUUGAGAUCAAGUCAAUAUCAUUAUAAAUCUCAUGAAAUUGAGACGUGGUAUUAUGCGCUGUGCUUAGAUAUGAUAUUGGACGCAGGGUUUGCGCUAGAAACACCAAAAGAUAUCAGCCAUUUUGCAGAGUUUGCCAUAAGCAAAGGUAAAUCCGCUGGAGGAGGUCGACGACGUUUGAUAGUAGGUUUAUGGACGUAUUGGCUGAGAGUAGACGCAGAGAAAAAAGCUAAACGUUUUGAAUCUGAAGCGUUAAGUUGGGUAUCACACGAAGACGAUUUCUCUAUGUCUGCUCUUUUAAGUGCAUUGAGACUAGCAGAAGGAAUGCUGGAAUGUCUUGCUAGAAAAAUUGAUGAUUUGCGAAAGGUGGUUGACCUGAUGGAGCUACGGUCAAUAGCUGACCGGGAACUUGCAAGACUGGAAAAUGACGCACAAAUGUUACGAGCCGUCUAUCCCCGCUGGUUUCUAUUGAAAGCAAACUCUUGUAGAUUAUCUGGUCGCCAUUCUGCUGCAAAUGGAUAUUUUAAUCAAUCUUUGGAUGAAGCACGUCGGAUCGACAGCCAUCUUGAAGAAAAUCUAACGAUAGCCGCUUUAUCCAAGUCUAUGACCUGGCUUCGUAACGCAAGAACAGGUACGUUUAGUAACUGGCGCGUAGCUGCUGAACAAGCGCGGACCGCAUGGCACGAACUUAUGUACAAAAUCAGCGUAAUACGAUAA